CAUAUAUUUAAUUUUCCCUUCCUCCCUCCAUAACUCCACAUCAUGUCUGGUGUUUGGGUAUUCAAAAACGGCGUCGUCCGGCUAGAAAACCCCGGCAACUGCCACGUCAGCUCCACGCCCGGUCGCCGGAAAGUGCUUGUUUAUGUACCUAGUGAUGAAGUCAUUACAUGUUAUGCAAAUCUUGAAAGAAAGCUUUAUAAUCUUGGAUGGGAGAGGUAUUAUGAUGAUCCACAACUUCUUCAAUACCACAAAACAUCCACAAUUCAUCUUAUUUCUCUCCCAAUGGAUUUUAGUAGGUUUAAAUCCAUGCACAUGUAUGAUAUUGUCGUAAAAAAUCGCAAUGAAUUUGAAGUUAGAGAUUUGUGAAAUUACGUACUAACUUUCUUUAAAAGUGAGCAUUUCGACAUAAAAAUUGUGACAUUUGAAAGAAGAAAAAAAAUAGUACGUGUUUUUGAGCUGAUAAUGAUAUUUGG